UGCGAAACAACAAAAAGGCAAUUCAAUUUCGGCUCUGAAAAGGAAGCUUAAAAACCCGACUCGCCGCCUCCCCAACCAAUUAACUUUAUCUAAUUUUCCAUCUCGAGACGGACAACAGCCGUUCGCGGCGACAGGUCACCAUCACCGAUAUAGUAAGCGGUGGAGAGAACCAAAGCGGUGGCUCUUCUCAAUUCUCUUCAAGGGUAGUUUCGUCAAAUUCACGUAAUUCUCAAGAGUUCCUCUUUUUAGUCAAAAGGUCAAACCCCCAGGAACACUCUUUCUGCCCGCGACAGACAAUUAGCAAAGUUUCCCAGUUCCUCGUCACCUGAGAAAGCAGUAGUUGGCACACGUGCCCUUCCCCGACGUUACUUCCAUAGCUUUUUUCAUGAAAUCUCCGGUCACCUGAGCGAGCCGACGCACCAGCGAGAACCAGACUCCCUUCACUGCCCACGUUUCUAUAAAAGAAAAGCCUCCAGCUGCUUCUCUUGCAUGUUUAUUUUUUAGGCAUGGGAGCUCUCGGCCCUGUCUCUCCUUGGAUUCCAGAAGAUGACGUUUUGUUAAAAAACUCUAUUGAGGCUGGUGCUUCCUUGGAAUCACUGGCAAAAGGAGCAGUACAAUUUUCUCAAAAAUUCACUGUUCGAGAAAUACGAGAUCGGUGGUAUUCUCUCCUUUAUGAUCCGGUUGUUUCUUCAGAGGCUGCUUUUCACAUGACUGAGUUUGAGUGUUCUGCAUCGACUUUUCCAUCAAAAUUCAGUAGAGCUGGAAAUUCAAAAGAAAAUAAAUGUUUUUCAGGGAAGAGGAAAACUGAAAGUGUCCGCCAUUGUUACUAUGCUCCGCGUAAAAGAAUUUGCAGCAAACCAUUUAAUUCCAUGGAGUUGAGUUUUCUUGAUUCCCCCAAUAAUAACAAUUAUGUUGGCAAUGAAUAUGAGCAAUUAUCCACACAAUGCAUGCUUGGAGAUCCAGUUACAACUCACUUCGCACUUCAGGAAUCAAAUUUGGACAUGAUGCAUCAUGUGUUUCCUCCAAUUGUGAGUAGUGGUACUGCCCAUGCCUUUGAUACUGAAUUCCAUAAUACAAUUCAAGAAGAUUAUUCAAUGGAGCAAGACAAUAUACACAUUCCCCAUAUACUUGGAGAGGAUCCAUCUAACACUGAAAACAGAACCGUGGUCGAGGAACUCAGUCAACAACUGCCAGUUGAUGAUGACUUGUUACAUGGGUGCUCUAACUUUGAUGGAAAUGAUGUUCUUAGUUCACCAGUUCCAGAGUGUAGUUUGUCAUUUCACAAUUUGGAGUUCUCUUCUCCACUUCCUGAGAUGCCUAUUUGGAGAAUGGAUGAAGGGAUUUCAGUGCCAGAUAUUCCAAACAAUCUUGGAUUACAUGACAAAGAUAUGCACCAUGGUGAUGCUUUUUCACUCCUUGAUGAUGGUGAUAUUAAGAAUGCAUGUUCGACAAGUUUCGAUGAUCUCCAAAAAGACUCAGAGUUAAAAAUGGAAAUACUGAGUGAUGUGCCACAAAAUUCAUCUCAUAGCACAGAAGAUUUUCUGGCUGAACUUACCAAUUAUUUGUCUAAUGACGAGGAAGGGGCAAGUGUGGAUAUGGAUGGAAAAGAUUUCAGCACCAAUUCUUACAUUGCUUGUCUCAAUACAAUUUUGUUGGAUUCACCAAAUAAUUCUAACGAAAAUCACAGGCCCAAUGUAACUGAACCAGAAGCAUCAAUAUCAGCAGACUGUUCUAAAAAUCACUCAGGUGCUUGUCCUGGAAACUUAUGGGAGAAUAGGGGGUCUCACUGUAGUGUGGAUGCAGGUUGUAAUUCUGAGUUCCAGUUUGUUUCAUCAACAUCACUUCUAGAUCCGCAUCCUGAGGUGAAAGAUGGGAUUAUUUGCUGUGUGCUAAACACUGAGGACACAGAGAUCCCAUUCAAUGAUGAUAUAGACCUCCCCACUGACUGGCGCCCAAGAUCAGUUACCUCCUUGGUGCAAAGGAAUUUCCAACAUGCUGGCAAACCAAAUUCUUUAUCUGCUAAGGAAUUACCGAGUAAUAAAAUAGGUAGUGUAGUUUCAGUAGUCGCUCACAGGGAUCUAGAAAAUCCUGGACAAUUGCUUGCAUCUUCUCAGAUGGUAAGAUUACAGGCGAUGCCAGAACCUGGUCCAGUCCAUCCUGUAGGUGAUCAUAGUUUGAAACUUGAGUUGCCCAGCAGUGACUCCACUCGUAGGAGUGCAGGUUUUGCUUUUGGUGGCUCAACUCAAUUUAACUCAGCAGACACUAAGAUGGAAACUCUUGUUCCUACUAAACUGAAGGAAGAAACUACAGAAACCCCAAUGGCCAAGCAUAUGAGUAAUGAAUCAGCUGAUUCUUUAUUAGAGAAGCCGUCUUUGGUUUCUGAUUUCUUUACAUAUCCCCAGACAAAUGUGUCUGCUAUUAAACAGGUAGAAGAUGCACCAGACAGAGUUCAAAAUCAUCAAGUAUCACAUGUGAAAGUGGGCUCUUCAGAUUUUGCUUCUUCAGAACUAGUAGUAAACCAUUCAGUAUCAGAUCCAGCUGAGCCAUCUAUCCAGAGUGAUGAUGAUGUACCAUAUUUUUCAGACAUUGAAGCAAUGAUACUUGAUAUGGACUUGGAUCCAGAAGACCAGGAUUUAUAUUGCAGCGAGGAAGUCUCAAGAUAUCGACAUGAGGACACGAAGAGGGCAAUCAUGAGGCUGGAACAGGGUGCUCAUUCUUAUAUGCAAAGAGCUAUUGCACGUCAUGGAGCAUUUGCAGUUAUACAUGGCCGCCAUUCAAAACAUUAUAUUAAGAAAUCUGAGGUAUUACUUGGUAGAGCAACAGAAGAUGCUAUUGUCGACAUUGACUUGGGAAGGGAAGGCCGUCGUAAUAUAAUAUCUCGACGGCAGGCUACUAUAAAUUUGGACAAAAGUGGAUCUUUUUAUCUGAAAAACCUUGGCAAGUGCUCCCUCUCGGUGAAUGACAAGGAAAUAGCCCCUGGACAGAGUCUAAGCCUUACUUCUGGUUGUUUGAUUGAGAUUAGGGGAAUGCCUUUCAUAUUUGAGAUAAACCAAACUUGUGUGAAGCAUUAUCUAGCUAGAAAAACCCAGGAGAACCAAACCUGGGAGCACCUGGUUUGAAUCACACCAGAAAUUCAGAGCGUCAUCAGAAGGUGCUAUUUUUUUUUACCAUGUGCUUUCUGGGUUCUUUCGAUAAGCUAUGUUCAAUCUGUUGUAUGUAGAUCAGCUGCCUUUGAAAGAGGAGUAAUGUUCUCAUGUUAGAAAGGAUUUUUCCGCAUGAUGUCUUAAUCAUUAGAAAUUUAUAUAGGGAUUAUUACCUAAAAAAAUUUAUAUGGGGAGCAUGAUUUCACUUGCAUGCAACAAGAAAAAUCACGAAUCUAGGUUACUGAGCAAUUACUUCUCUGUUGGGAAUAAAUAAUGUUCUCUUGAGAUAUCGGGGAUGUUUGGGAAUAAAUAAUGUUCUCUGUUGGGAAUAAAA